GCGACGCAGCGAGCGGCAGGGUUACCAGGGGAACCGAGCCGCCGCGUCUCGCCGGGUCCCAGAAGCUUAGAAGCUCUGUGUGUAGGUUGGCCAGGCUCCCUCUCGGGAGCGGCCGCGCCUCGGGUGUAAACUGUGGGUGUUCAGUCAAGGAUCUUUCUCUGGCCGGGCCAAGGCCCGUGGAGAAGUGCGGGGCAGGAGGAGGGGAGCAGGUUUUCUCGGGCCGGUGUUGGGGAGCGGAGGGGAGCGUUUGGUACCGAGGCGUCUGCAGUUGUCUCCGGAAAACUAGAUUUUAAUAUGCCUGGCACUCAGCCCCCGGAAUUGGAUGGGCCUAAUAUGCGUGAUACUGGGAUGGGCUGGGGAUGCAGGGAUUUAACAGCUGUGGAGUUCCCCAGAGCCCCCUUAGCUCUGCAUUAGAGCAUCAUCAUCAUGUCGAGCUGCCUCUUCCUCCUGAAGGCACUUCUUGCUCUUGGGUCCGUGGCAUCCUGGGUGACUGCAGGAGAGCAUGAGUUUGGCGGUGAGUGUCCUGCCGACCCCCUUCCGUGUGAAGAGCUGUGUGAUGGGGACGCAUCCUGUCCUCAGGGGCAUAAGUGCUGCAGCACCGGCUGUGGCCGUGCCUGCCAUGGAGACAUUAAGGGAGGGCGGGCUGGUGAUUGUCCAAAAAUUUUGGCGGGCCUGUGCAUUGUCAGCUGCAUGGCGGAUGAGAACUGCCAAGCUGGGGAAAAGUGCUGCAAGUCAGGCUGUGGCCGUUUCUGUGUCCCGCCAGUCCUGCCACCCCAGCUGGCCCUGAACCCCAACCGGACCAUCAGGUCUAAUUAUGAAUUAGAGAUCCUGGUGCCCUAGCUGUCCUGAGGUGUCCUGAGUUUCUUUGGUGACUCCGGGGGGCUUGUCCUGGUAGCCAGGAGAGGAUGAUGUCCUGGGGCUUGUGACACCCCCAGGGACUUUAAUUGCCCCCUCUGCUCUGUUUCUGUUCUUGCUGCUGCCCUGAGCGUAGGAAACCCAGCCCUGGGCUUGGGCAGUGGGUGUGUGGUGCUUCUUUUCCCCAAUAAAGGUCGAUGCUGAA